CAAAACGAAGUAUGGAAACCAAAUCGACAGCGGAAUUACAGUUCAUCUGCGGCAAGUCUAUUCGUUAAAGAUGGGAAAAAUGAGCGAAAGAUAAAAUGUGUCUAUUGUGGACAAUAUCAUUACUCAGCAUCGUGCGAACAUGUGAAAGAUGUGGAUGAUCGAAAGGGCAUUUUAAGAGAUCAGAAACGUUGUUAUUUAUGUUUGGAAGGUGGUCAUUGUGCACAUGAAUGUGAAAAUGGCAGGCUCUGUCGUUGGUGCAAUGGCAAACACCAUCAAUCUAUUUGUACUAAAGCUACCAAAACAUUUCGAAAGAUCAAUCCUGAAGAAACAACAAAACCAGGAGCGAAAGAGGAGAAAAAAGAAACGCAGAACCUCACAACAACUACAACAUCCAACGGUUCAUCAAAGGUGCUUUUACAAACUGCCACUACAUAUGCUUAUUCUCAACAUAGCAACUGAGCUAUUCCUGUUCGAGCGCUUUCAGACAGUGGUAGUCAAAGAUCAUACGCAACCAAUCAUCUGAAGAAACGACUUGGCCUCCAACAAGUAAAGAAAGAAACGCUUUGGCAGGAUAAAUUCACAAAACAGAAAUGUGAUGUUGUCAGUUUAAACCUGAAAGGCAAAGAAGGCAAAGAUAUCGAAAUUUCAGCUCUUUGUUUUGAGAAAACCUGUUCAUCUCUUCCUACCAAGAUUGAGCUCGAUAAAUAUCCACAUUUGAUGGGAUGGAUCUUGUUGAUUCCUCUCUCGCAGAGAACAGUCAUGAUGAAAUCGACAUCUUGA